CCUCCUCCGGGUCCUCCCUCGCUUCCUCUCUUGUUGUUUGGUGGUUUUCGAUGAUACAUCCCUGUCACCAUUCGCAACACAUUUUACUGGGAUUACCCAUGUCGUGGAAUAAUAUUGACACCGGGGUGAUGCAACCAUCCAUCAGUGCAGGGGGCUGGAAAUGAUGUGAGCCCCUUUCCCCAAUAUGUUUGAAGUCAAACUGCGAGCUGUGGAAAAGAAGGAGUCCAGCACUGAGACAGAUGAGGGCCUUGGCAGCAGCAGUCGGCAUUGCUCUGGCUCGCUGGGUUCAGGUUCAGUGGAAUCUGGAUCCUUCUACCUGUCUGACAGCCAGGACUGGGUGGUUUCCCCAAGUUGCUCCCCAGAGGAAGGCUGCACCCAGCACAACGCCAUCUCCCCAAUGCUGGCAGAGGAGACUUUCCGCUACAUGAUCCUCAGUUCUGAUCGUGUUGGACAGAUGACCAAGACCUACAAUGACAUCGAAGUGGUCACUCACCUACUGGCCGAGCGGGACAGAGACUUGGAGCUGGCUGCUCGGAUCGGACAGUCGCUUCUUCAGAGAAACCACCUGCUGCAGGAGCGCAAUGAGGCAGUGGAGGAACAGCUAGCACAAGCUCUUGACCAGGUUCACCAGCUGCAGCAUGAGCUCAGUAAGAAGGAUGAGUUGCUGCGGAUGGUGGCCAAUGCCUCGGAGGAAUGUGAAGCUGACUCCAACGCGUCAACUCCAGUGAGGCAGCGUCAGUUAAUGGGUGGAACGGCCGCGGCUGCCGCACUCAGCCAGCUGGAGUCAAUGCAGUGUAAACUGCAGGAGCUAGAAGAGGAGAACCUGACUCUGAGGUCUGAGGCUUGCCAGCUGAAGAGGGACACCAUCACCUAUGAGGAGAAGGAGCAGCAGCUUGUGAAUGACUGUGUCAAGGAGCUACGCGAGUCCAACAGCCAGAUGGUUUCUCUGACUGAUGAAGUGUCCCAGAAGAACGAGGAGCUGAUCCGACACCAGGAGGAGAUUGCUCAGUUGCUCUCCCAGAUUGUGGAGCUGCAACACAGAGUCAAAGAGCUCGCUUUGGAAAAAGAGGAGUUGAGGAUCCACCUUCAGGCUUCUAAAGACGCCCAGCGAUUGCUCACAGCAGAGUUGAAUGAUCUGGCCGAGAGGAAUGCAGAGUGUGCAGAGAUGCUCCACGAGUCCCAGGAAGAGAUUAGGGAGCUUCGCAACAAAAAUAUUCCCUCCUCUGGGAUGCGACAGCACCUCGCCUAUGGCUCCUUCCCCAUGGAUUCGCUUGCUGCAGAGAUUGAAGGUACUAUGAGGAAGGAGCUAAGUGUUGAAGAAGAAACUGAAUUUCAAAACCAAAGAAUCUCCCAGAAGAAAGUUUUCCAGACAGUCCGUUCCGUCAACGCCUCAACAUCCCGGCCAAGUUCGGCCACCCCCCCAAUUCCUGGUUCUCGUCAGAACUCUCUGGUGAUGACUACACAGCCGUUCGAGUCUUCUCAGGGGGACGAGGCUCCCAUGGGGCAGCCAGGCUCUCCAGGUGGAAAUGACCUCACAAAAGCUCUUCGUCGCUUGUCACUGCGACGGCAGAACUUCUUGUCUGAACACCAGUUCUUCAAGGCAGAGCGGGAGAAGAAGCACCAGUCCCUGGCAAAGGCAGAGGCUCAGGAGGCGGGAAGCAGCUGCAGCUCAACAAUGAGCAGUGCAUUCUCCUCCUUUUCCAACCUGUCUGAACUCUCUGUAGGUUCCAGCCUCUUCAGGACCUUCUUACCAGAGAAGCUUCAAAUUGUCAAGCCCAUCGAGGGCUCACUGACGCUCCAUCACUGGCAGCAGCUUGCCAAACCCCACCUUGCCACCAUCCUAGACCCACACCCCGGCGUUGUCACCAAGGGGUUCCGCCCACUUGCCCAGGAUUUUGUCUACCGCCUCAGUGACAUGGAAGAAGAUGAAGAAAAUGAAGAGCAGGGAGAGAAAGGGGAGGCUGAUUUCUUGGAGAAAGGUGCAGCCGAGAGAGGCAAAGAGCAGGAGGAAGAAGAGGAAGAAGGCGGCAUUGUCUUCAAAGUGCACUGUUCAUCUACACCGGAGGAAAAGAAAGACCGAAUGCCGUCAAACACACAUCUUCCUGCCACUUCCUUCCUUCCGGUCCGGCCAUUGUCUUCUAAUGUAGCUGAGACCUCCAGCUCAUCAACUCACCUUUAUUCAGACGUGUCCACAGCAACAGUUCAAUCAAGUGCAUCUGCCUCAGUCCAAAAUCCAGUCAAGUGUCAGAGUUCCACAUUCUCCACCUUCACAUUCACCAUGUGUCGCAUCCUGCACCCGAGUGACAUCACACAAGUCACUGCAAGCUCACAGUCGUGCCUCGGUGCCAAUACACCCAGCUCUAUGAGGACUGGACCCAGUACCCCUCUGACUCCAUGCCGACUCAGUCUUGGAGACUCCUUCCAAACUCGGCGCCCUGCUGUGGCUGCCAGUGGCUUGGCCAAGUUGGUUCUAGAGAGAGGCAUUUCUGCACAAGUCUCCACAGAAACCCCCCAAUCCUGUCCAAAGCCCAUGCCCCAGCGGCCUCUUCUCCGCUUACUCCCAGGUACGCCUCCAAACUCACCGGAGUACCGCCAGCACUCUGUUGACAAUUUUCUGGCAUCAAGGCCAGCGGAGCUGUUUCUGCAAGAUGUUUAUGGCUUGAAUCUAGGCCGUGCCCCUCAUCCCGACCUACCCAGCCCACUACAGGAAAACCAGGCACGUGGGCCACUCCCGGACCCGCUUAACGUCAGCUUGUUGGAGAGACUGCGUCACCUGGGCUUUACCAAGGUCCACCAGGCCUCUGAGUCACACCAGGACUCGGCCACCUUUGUGUCACCAGGCGGCGGGAGCCUACUAGAUGGUCUGAGGCGCAACCACAGCCUCCCGGCAAUGAUCGGUGCACGAGCGGGAAAGUCAGCAGGUCGCCCAACGCUCCCUGCUCACCCCACCUCGCUGGCAUUGCCUCCACCACCCUGGGGAAACCUCAAACAAAGAUGCACAAAAGUCACUGUAAAUGCCACACCACGUUCAGGUGACUGUUGAGGAGAGGACCACCCCCAUAACAAGAACCCAACUUCUAUUUCCUAUCUUCCACCUACAGUUUAUGUCAACUUGUUUAGAUGCACGUCCUCCUUUUAAGACAUGAUUUUAAAGCACAAUGCUUUUUUAUUUUCGUUUAACUUUUUAUUUGUUAAAAUGUAAAUUUGUGUCGAGCCACUUAUCUAGUACUGGUCCACCGUUUACUUCUCAUUACAAAAAGGCCCCGCUUAGGUCAACAUCCACAUACUUACUAUAGUCAACCACUUAUGUCGACAUAAACUUUUAAGGGAUAAUUUCUACAAAAAAUGGGUCAGCGUAUGUCGACAUGUGUUGGCAAAUUGUUAACCUCAUCAAUAUUGCGAGCGUGUACAAACGAAGAGUGGGAGGAGCAACAGGAAUAUAACUCCCACUUAUCUUUAAGGUGGUUGAAAAAUAAUUCUGUAUCAUCCAUUCUCAUUAUUUCCCUGGACAAAGUCGUAAGUAAAUGGUUAUUAGCAAUGGUCAUUUUUGGUUAUGUUUAUCAGCCAAUCUGAGGGAUGUUGACUUAAAAAAGCUGUAUUUAUUCUACUUAUUUAUUUAGUGCAGUAGAGUCCAAACGUUUUCUGCUGAGAGAUGCAUACAAAAAACGAUGCAGUGGCCGCUUAGUGUGUUAUCUUGUUCAACCAGUCAGUAUUUCAACUUUUUCUUCUUUCAAGUAUAGUUUUAUGAAUAGAAUACACCCUGAGGGACAAUAAAAAUCCAGCUGCGGGCCGAAGGUAGUCCCCAAGCCCCACUUUGGAAACCCUUGCCUUAGCGUGUGUCCCAAAUGGCUUGUUGAGAGGCUCUGGAUGUGUGUGAAACGGGGAAGAUACACUAUAUGGAUAAGUAGGAGUACUGGCAUAAACAGUCUUGGAACAGAAGGCAGCUUUCCCCCAAAUCGGAAGGAUGGAAUCGUCCAAAAAGUCUCGUUAAGGUGAAAAAUUAAGAUUAAGGACGGUAUCCCAAUACUUGAGUCAUCCAUCCGUACAUUUUCUAUUCAGCGGUACCUCGGUUUUUGUCAAUAAUCUGUUCUAAAAGGUCAGAUGAAAACUGAAUGAUACGAAAACCAAAGCAAUGUUUCCCAUAAGAAGUUCAGUAGUGUAAAUCCAAUGACCCAAAAAUAUGAACACAUUUCAUAGAGGAUAAUUAUACAGACAGAAACAAUGGGGAAUACACAUAAAUUAUGAAUGAAAUGUAUGAGCUUUUACCUUCAGUCUUGUUGGUGAGCCUCGCAUGUGCCACCUUCAUACACCUAGUUUAUGUUUGGUCGUACGAAAACCGGACAAAAUUCAGGUGAAAUUUUACGUUGAAAAUGGAAUUAUAGCAAAAAGUGGAGCGUGUGAAAACCAAGGUACUAUGUAAACCCCGACUAACCAUAGGGCACAUAUAGGGCUCGAAAGGGCAUGGGAUUUCACAAAGAAUUCUGGGUGCUGGGAAGCCAUUUUUGCUGGACACAGGUUUUGUUUACCGGUACAUGGCUGUACUGUACCCAUGGUAAUGUGAGAGAAAGCAACAAACUGUAUUAAAAUGGAUCGUACAAAAUAAAAUAUUUAAGGGGCCGCACUGAGAUAAACUGUAUCCUAUUCCAAAGGCUCGCUACCUCGAAAAAAUAAGUCAAAUUAGUAGAGUUGAUCCGUAUGAGCCCGUCCAAUGGACAAGAGAUUUGAGUAAACUGCCGCCAUUGUCGAAGCCAAACUUGUACAUAGAUUUUGUCGAUAGUCAUUUUUUUAAACUGGUGAAGGUUUUCAGAAUGUAAAGUCUGUUAACUCUAAAGGCCACAUGCGUGGACAACACCUUUUAGCUCUUAUUUCCAAAAUUGUGUACACUACUGAAUUGGGGUCUUAUGGCCCUUAUGUGGACACUUAUACUGCCAUCUAGUGGUGUCAGAAGAGUAUAACAUACAAUGGAAUUUGUAAAAAAAAGUGUAAAAAUAAAAAUUGGCAUGUCACUACACAUGAAGUACACGUUUAUGUACUUAUGGACUAAGUACAUCAUAUCAAAGGAUGAUUCUUAGUUUUUAUUCUAAUUAGGGUCCAAUAAGCCCAAAUAGCAAAGAGAAAUAAAAAAAGCAUGUCAACAAACAGCUUGGGCCUUAAGAGGUUAAGUCUCAUUGUCCUCCAUUCAAAUUGUGCAUAAUCUACGGCUUUCAGCUCUAAUGUGUAAGAGAUGGAGUAAGGGUGCCCAGGCUCAUUUCAUAAGCGGGUUUCCCCCAAAACAAGCCUAUUAUAACUUAAAUACUUUGAUCACUGCGGUACUGCUCCAAAAAUAAUACUCAUUCAUUUUUGUGCUUUCCCAAGACUAAAAGUAAACAGACAACAUGCUUUUUUCCAAAAUACUGUAUGUUGUUUGUCACCGGCAGCCAGCUUGGCCAACGCUAACAGUCUACUAAAUCCUAUGUGUGUAAAUGAAUAAAACACGCUUUGAUUGAAAUUCA